CAGAGAAGAACAUGCAUGGUCCCUACAUGAUAUCUCAGCUCAUGUGUUAUUAAUAUGCCUGGCCAUUCUCUACUCCUCCUCCUCCUUCCCUCCCAUAUAUCUUCUUCUUCUUCUUCUUUGAAGAGAGCAGUACCCACCAUGAAGCUCAAAACCCCAAUUCACUCAUUCAUCUUCUCCCACAUAUGUCGCCUUGCCCGGGCGCUGUCGAAAGCCAAGUCCAUUACUGUCCAGAUAAUCAAGGACAUGCAGUUGGUCCAUCAUUUCAUGGAGCCACUCUUGUUGAAGAAGAGCAAGAAGAAGACUAAGCUCUUCUUGGGCUCGUUUAGGAUGCACUAUAAUUGGUGCUCCUCUCAAGUGUUACCCAUGCCCUCUCCAUCUCCAGUCUUAUACUACGAUUCCACCACGUGGGAUUCCAACUCCGAGGAAUCCCCGGAGCUAUCAGGUUACCUCAAUUGGCUCGAGCUCGAAAAGAAGGGAUGUGACAAGUACUCAACGAACGAUAUUGAUCAUCAACAGGAUGAUGUUGACAGACUUGCUGACGCGUUCAUCGCGAGUUGCCAUGAGAAGUUCAGGUUGGAGAAGCAGGAAUCAUACAGAAGAUUUCAGGAAAUGAUGGCAAGAAGUGUGUGAUAGAUUGUGAUACUUUUUUUCUUUCUUUUCUUGAAUGAAGGUUAAUAUGGGUAUUUCUUUGUUAAAAAAUCUCUAGUUUUUGUUUUUCAUGAAGAAUUGUACUUGAUGAUGGGGGGUUAGUUGGUUGUUG